AAACAUUUGUUUACAUUUUUUGUCAAUUUAUGUUCUGCUUAUCAAAACUCGAGCUGGUCAAGUGAAAACGCCGUAUAUGCUGGUGUGAAAGUUGAUGUUUUAUGAUAACGCACAUAUGGUUCUGUUCAAAGCCAAGUAAAAACAAUCACCGUGUAUUUGUCCAUAUUUUGUCAUGGUGGAAAAAAUGGAUCACAUAAUGAUUAAGUCUGAACCGUUCUAUGCCGUUGAGGAUACCGAACUUCUGAACGGCAUAAGUCAUCUUACGACCGACACGGAUCUGCGAUCAUUGUGCCUGGUGAACCUGGGACUGUGUGAGGAAACGGUGGCUCUCCUGGAAGCUCAACGAAUCGACGUGGAAUGUUUGAAGAAAAUGCGACUCGAAGACGUGGAUGUUCUGUUCGAUGGACACUUGCUGGGACCUAAAAUCCACUUUAGAGAAGCCCUUAUAGCGUGGAGAAUCAGUAUCAAUUCACCCGUGAAGAGUCUACGAACGACUUUCUGUCGCAAGCGAGUCAUCGAACAGGAACAAGCCGUUCCCAGCAAGAUAAAAUACACGAACGGAAACGGAAUACACGGAAGUUCCAACGAAUCCACAAAUCACUCUGCUGCUGUAGAAAUACCAAAGUCCAAAAAUUCAACUCAUGCAUCGUACAAAACAUUUUCUUGGCCGAUGACACCGGAAAUUCUUAAGAAUAUAUUAACUAGCUGUAGUACGGGGAGGCUAAUAUUGCAUUCCGGCGAGCUAGGAAGCUUGGAGAAAUCGUUUCAAAGUCAGCUCACCGCUAUUGUGAUAGAUUAUCAUAUGGAGUUUGAUACCAAGAUUACUGCCCUUCAGCUAGAGAACUACACCACGUGCAUUACAACGUUAUUUCCGCACGAGAAUAAGAACACCUAUCAUAUUCCUCGCGGACCCACCAGACGGAACCCUGGAGGUUCUCUGUAUUCACGAUUCAUCAAUCAGAAAAUAAGCAAAAAGGCGCUCGCCAUCGGAAGUGUGAUGGCUGCACCGUAUAAUGUGUAGAAUGGUUACGAUGCUAGAAGCCUGGGUUCUACUAAUGAUACUUACCGCGUAAGAAGUUAAGACAUCACAACUGUUAUUUUGAAGCGUCAGUGAGAGUAACGUUUCCUUAGUUCUAGUCUAGUAAUGCAUGAAAAAAAGCAUGUUGAACUUGGAUAGCAACAUCCUGUUUGAUUUUAACUCAGUUGUAUGAGUGUUUUCAAACGAUACAUAAGUUCAGAUCUGAUUAAAAAAUAAUCAAUUAACAUAUGGCAAUGCGCAAUUAGUAAUAAAGCUUUUUUUCCCAAUUUUCGUCCAGUGAAUUGUAGCUCAUUUAGUAUGUAGUAUGGAUUUUAGUAUUUUUU